GGUAUUUUGGAAUAAUUCCGAGCAGUAACCCAAACCCGAACCAGGAAAGAAACACUGAGCUGCAAAGCUUAAAUCAGAAUCCUAAAACCCUAAUCGACAGGGAAAGAUCAAAGAUGUGGUCUCUCUGUUCCUUCCGGAAGCUCUCGUCUUCUUCGUCACUGAUCGGCGACAUCAAAUCCAUAUCUUACUUGCCCUUUUCCUCUAGAUUUGCCGCUUCUCUUUCAGGUAGUUCUAAUCAUGUUGUUAGAGGAGAAAAACAUUCUCCAUCAAGGUUUGGAGUGAACCUUAGUCUGUUGUCUGAACAGGAGAGUGUCUCUACCCCAUAUGCUUUGACUUUUCAAAAGUCUAUCCACUCUGCGGAUCAGAAAGACAGCGAGAUGGGGAAGAUUUCUGAGCUGAUAGACUUUGCGAGGGCAAGAGACAGUGAGAUGGGGAGGAAUUCCGGGCCAAUGGGAUUUGCCAGGGGAAGAGGCGAUGAGAUGGGGAGGAAUCCCAGACAAAUGGAUUUUCUGGGAAAUAACAGUGAGAUGGGAAGAAGUUCUAGGCCGAUGGAUUUUAUGAGAAAGGACAGUGCGGCGGGAAGAAGUUCCAGGCCAAUGGAUUUUAUGAGAAAUGACAGUGUGGCGGGAAGAAGUUCUAGGCCGAUGGACUUUGUUAGGGGAAUAAUUGAGCAAGAAAAUUCUCGAGUUCCUCGGUACAAAGUUGAGCAAAAUACUGAUUUUGUCUUGAUAAAUAUAAAGCGCAGUAAUGCCUUUAUUAAUGUGUUAGAUGCCAAAGGAAAUACUAAGUAUAAAGUCUCGUCAGGAUUUACGGAAAUAGGUGGUGGAAGAACAACUCGGUAUAGUGCUGAAGCAGCAGCGGAAUUUGUCGGACGAAAAGCUAGAGAGAUGGGGCUCAAAUCAGUUGUGAUGAGGGUGAAAGGGUUCACUCACUUCAAGAAGAAGAGGCAAGCAAUCGUGAGUUUUAAAGAAGGGUUCUCAACUCGAAAUGAUAGAAAUCCUAUCACAUACAUCGAAGAUGUUACUCAACGUGCACAUAAUGGAUGCCGUCUUCCAAGGAAACGCAGAGUUUAGAUUGUAUCAUGUUGGCUGCUUUCUUUUUUCUUUACAAAGUAAUUGCCCCGUGUUUAUUAGGGCAGCUGGUAGAUCCUCUGAUGAUGACGGCAAUGGAGAUAACUUUUGUAAUAAUGGAAGAUGGAUUGAAAAUGGAUGCUAGAAAUUAGAUUAAAGAUGUUCACAUUGAUUUAAAGUUGUUUUGUGUUUUGGUAUUGUUGCCGCAAGCAUAUUUGUUAUGUACUUUUACCACCCCCAGGAAUUUGUCUCCAAAUACGUAUUUUGCCUGA